AUGCGAACCCCGUCCCUCCUGACUACGUUAGCCCUAAUCUUCUCCUCCUUCUCGACUUCCUCGGCCGCCCAACCCCCCUACUUCAUCCUCACCGGCGACUCCACCGUCGCUGUCAACGGCGGCUGGGGCGACGGCUUCCUGUCCUUCCUCGCCGAUCCUGCCGACGGCAUCAAUAGCGGCAAGAGCGGCGCCACGACGGUGUCCUUCCGCGCCAAUGGCAGAUGGGACGCCGUGCUGAGCGGCAUCGCGGACCACAAGGCCGACUACGAACCCAUCGUGACUAUCCAGUUCGGGCACAACGAUCAGAAAAGCACCUCGGGCAUCUCGCUGGAGCAGUUUGGCGAGAAUUUGCAGAAUUUGGCAAAUGAGGUGAUCGAGGCGGGUGGGACGCCGAUCAUCAUCACCUCGUUGACUAGACGAAGUUUCGAGGGCGGUAAAGUCAUCGAGAACCUGGCUGAUCAUUCCGCGAAAGCGAUUGAGGCCGCCGAGGCCGUCGGCAUCCAGUAUCUAGAUCUCAACCGCGCCAGCACCGACUACGUCAACGCCAUCGGCGAGGAGAAUGCGCACACGUAUGAUCUGAGUGAUGGUGACAGUACUCAUCUGAAUACCGCUGGAGAGACGGUGUUUGGACGUCUGGUAGCGGAUCUGCUAUUGGAGAAGCGGGACGAUCUCGAGGAAUACUUCACGCCGAAUGAGGAGCUGAGCAGAAAGAUCGAGGAAGGGGAGUAUGCGACGGGUGAUGAGUAG